AUGUUUGAAGAAGAGACCAUUUUAUUGAUCAAGAAACGUCUUGACCUUCAUUUUGAUCCACCACAAUUUGUUGAUAAAAAAGAUGCAGCUGUAUUGAUUCUCUUACGAGGCGAUCUCCCAAAACUCGACGUUUUUCUUUGCGUUCGAUCAAUGAAUUUACGGAAACAUCCAGGAGAGGUUUGUUUUCCGGGUGGAAUGUGGGAGUUUGGAGAUGCGGAUUUACAAGAAACAGCCAUGAGAGAAGCGGAAGAGGAAACAGGCCUCCGCCGUGAUCACUAUCAUUUCAUCGGCUCUCUACCAUCAUUUCGAUCUCGUUUUGGUGUCCUCGUUCAUCCAUCGAUUGCACUGCUAAGAUCUAACGCCAACUUCUCGCCAACGCUCAACGUGGAUGAAGUGGAAAAGAUCUUCUGGCAACCGUUAUCCGAUUUCUUGACAAAGGAUUUUCAUCAGAGUUAUGUUUGGGACAAUGUCUACACAGUGCAUUCAUUUGAUUUUAAAGAGGCUCACUGCUUUGGGUUCACCGCUUUCAUUUGUGUCGUCGUUGCGAUGUGCCUUUUCGACCGGGUUCCUGAUUUCGAUUUGAGUGAAGCGAUUACCACAAAAAUGAUGCAGAGUGUCGGCACAAAAUCCGUUGUUUCAGCGAUUUUUCGAAUUUGCGGUCGUCCAAUUGAGGAACACGAGAGAUUAUACCGAGAGGCUAAACUA